GGUGACUGACUUGGUCAAUUACUAUACAUGUUUCCUUAAUAUUUCAACUGUCAUUACAUCACAUCACAUAAACCAAAAUAAUAAUAUCAAAUUAUCUUUCAUUGGGAAGGUGGGAAAGUGGACAUUUUAAUGUAGUAUGACAAUCUUUAAGUCCAUUAAUUCUAUGUUUAUUAUUGUAUUAUUACAUUUUCCAACUUAGCCUGUUGGGUUCGGGCUGUCGUCGUCGUCGUCGUCGUCGGCUAAAGUUUCUGAUUGAUUGUUUGAGAUUGAGUUUGAUUUUUGAAGGGAAGAUAUGAAGUGGGUAUGUCAAGAAUUGGAGAUGAAGAGCAUUUGGCUACUGCUGUUGGCAGUUUGUCUGUGUCUGUCAAUUGGAGUUCAGGCUCAAGUUACUGAUCCUACUGAAGUUAGCGCUUUGAAAGAAAUAAGAAGAAAUUUGGUUGAUCCAAUGAAGAACUUAAGCAACUGGGACCGGGGAGAUCCUUGCUCAUCUAAUUGGACAGGCAUUAUUUGCUACAACAAGACAUUGAAUGAUGGUUAUAUGCAUGUACAGGAACUGGAACUCCUGAAUAUGAAUUUAUCAGGAUCAUUGUCACCAGAACUUGGAAACUUAACCUACUUGAAAAUUUUGGACUUUAUGUGGAACAAAAUAAGUGGGAGCAUACCAAAGGAGAUAGGAAACAUCAAAACAUUGGAACUCUUGCUCGUGAACGGAAACCAGCUGACAGGUCCCUUGCCAGAAGAGCUUGGAUAUCUUCCUAAUCUAAACCGUAUACAGAUUGAUCAAAAUAAGAUCUCAGGGGAGCUACCUAAAUCAUUUGCAAACUUGAAUAAAACAAAGCACUUCCAUAUGAAUAACAAUUCUAUUAGUGGUCAAAUUCCUCAUGAACUAUCAAGACUGCCAGCACUUGUUCACUUUCUGCUAGACAAUAACAACCUUUCAGGUCAUCUUCCCCCUGAGUUCUCUGAACUGCCCAACUUGCUGAUCAUCCAACUUGACAACAAUCACUUUGAUGGGACUACUAUUCCAGCAAGCUAUAGCAACAUGUCUAAAUUGUUAAAAAUGAGUCUGAGGAACUGUGGAUUACAAGGAGAAAUUCCCGACCUGAGCAAAAUACCACAACUAAGUUAUAUAGACCUCAGUUCAAAUCAGUUGAGUGGCUCCAUACCAUCUAACAAGUUUUCAGAUAAUAUGACCACUAUCAUUUUGUCAAACAACAGUCUUACUGGAAAUAUACCUGUCAACUUUUCGAAACUGCCUUUUAUUGAGAGACUGUCACUUGCAGAUAAUAAACUGAAUGGUUCCGUCCCUGCUACUAUUUGGGAAAAUAGAACUUUAACAAAUGGUCACAAGCUUAUCUUAGAUUUUGAGAAUAAUAUGCUGUCAAGCAUUUCAGGGAGUACCAACAUUCCGCCAAAUGUUACACUUCACCUUGAAGGGAAUCCUUUGUGCUCAAGGGCAAACUUGGACCGCUUUUGUGGUUCAAAUCAAGAUGGAAUUGAAAGCGAAAUCCCUAAAAUUCCUGUUUCUUGUCCAAGUCAAGCAUGUCCACCAUCUUAUGAGUAUCCACCUGGUCAUCCGGAGUCUUGUGUCUGUGCUGCACCUUUGAUCAUUGAAUAUCGUUUGAAAAGUCCUGGAUUUUUACGUUUUGGACCAUACCAGAAUGGGUUUGAGGAAUACCUAUCAUCUGGUCUCAGAUUAAAUCUUAAUCAGCUAGACAUUAAUUCCAUCAUUUGGCAAGAAGGCCCUCGGCUGAAGAUGUCCUUGAAGCUUUUUCCUGACAACAACUCUCAUGUUUUCAAUAGUAGUGAAGUUCGGCGUAUAUGGAGAAUGUUUACUGGAUGGCAGGUUCCAGAUAAUGAUACUUUUGGUCCUUAUGAAUUGAUUGACUUCACUCUACUGGAUCCUUAUAAGAAAGAUUUUGGUAUGCCUACAUCAAAGUCUGGUGGAGUAAGCGGUGGAGCACUUGCUGGUAUAAUACUUGGGACAUUAGCUUUUGCAGUUACCUUAUCUGCAGCUGUAUCACUUCUUAUUUAUAAAAUAUAUUUAAGGAGGAGGCCCCAUGGAGGUCCAUACAGCCGUCGCCGAGCAGUGUCCAGAAACCCCAUCAAAAUGGAUGGGGUUAAGGGAUUCAGUUAUGAGGAAAUGGCAGUUGCUACCAACAACUUUUCUGAAUCCCAGCAAGUGGGGCAAGGAGGCUAUGGAAAGGUAUAUAAAGGAAUUCUUGCUGAUGGCUCGGUAGUGGCUAUCAAACGUGCACAAGAAGGAUCAUUACAGGGUGACAAGGAAUUUUUUACGGAAAUAGAGUUGCUAUCAAGGCUACAUCAUCGGAAUCUUGUCUCUUUGGUUGGCUAUUGUGAUGAAGAAGGUGAACAGAUGCUGAUUUAUGAAUUUAUGCCUAAUGGAACUUUAAGGGAACAUAUAUCGGCUAAGUGCCAACAACCUCUGAACUUCGCCUCAAGGUUGAGAGUUGCACUAGGUUCUGCCAAGGGGGUCCUUUACUUGCAUACUGAAGCUGAUCCUCCAAUAUUUCAUCGAGAUAUAAAGGCCACCAACAUAUUACUGGACUCCAAAUAUAUGGCAAAAGUUGCUGAUUUUGGACUAUCACGACUUGCACCAGUUCCUGAUAUUGAAGGACUUACCCCAACUCAUGUAUCUACAGUUGUUAAAGGGACACCGGGAUACCUUGACCCCGAGUACUUCUUAACCCACAAGCUGACUGAUAAAAGUGAUGUUUACAGUCUUGGAGUUGUUUUUCUAGAACUUCUGACAGCGAUGCAUCCAAUUUCACAUGGAAAAAAUAUCGUUCGAGAGGUCAAUACGGCAUUUCAGGCUGGUACUAUAUUUUCUGUGAUUGAUGAGCGGAUGGGAUCUUACCCUUCUGAGUGUGUGGAGAAGUUUCUGAAUCUGGCGCUUAGGUGCUGUCAAGACCAGACAGAUGCUAGGCCUACGAUGAUGGAGGUUGUCCGAGAACUGGAAAAUAUAUCAAGUUUGAUGCCAGAAUUUGAAUCUUCAAGUAUGCCUUCAGGAAGCAUUUCUUCACCAAGUUACUCAUCCAAUAUGAGGCACCCAUUCAUCUCGUCUGAUGUCUCUGGCAGUGAUCUUAUUAGCGGAGUUGUUCCUGACAUCAAUCCAAGAUAAAUCCUGAUAAAGGUAUACUUUUUAAGGCCUGUGUAUAGAGGGAUAUUAUUAAGCUCGUUCCGACCAGUUCCAUGUCAAAAUAUAAGUUUUUAUUUGCACUUUUUGCAGUUUAACUUCAAGUUUAUUGAGUUGUAAUAUUUGUGGAACACAAAACUCUUUAAUCUUGUGCAGGUAUAUAUAUGUGUAUGUUUAAAUUUCAUUUUGUUGGCGGAUC